UCGGAAAGUCGGGUCUUAUUGAAAAACGAGUUUCUCACUAGUAAAUACGAGGCUGUGGUGGCGUGUGUGUGCAUCUCCUAAAUACGAUAUAUCCGACACGACUUGAAGGCAGCAUUACUCAGCGACAUGGAUGCAGACUUUUAUUUUGGAAAAACAGAAUUGCAUUAGCUAACGUAAAAAGUUGUUUCGUACUCUGGGAUAUUACUCCGGUUCGGCUACUCAUUGCAAAGGAGAGUAUCCAAAGUACACGUUUCCAUACUAGCGAUGGGUCCACUUACUUCCCUCGUAACUCCAUGUCUUCGAGGCAUGUGCUUUCUACCCCCGACGAGGAGAGCAUCGUCAGGGACCAUGCAAAUAAAAGAUCCUCUCAACUUCUGGUGCGGCAGUAGAGUCAGUCUCAGUGACGCCAAAAAAGUGGAGCCAGUUUAUGAGCCUGCAACAGGGCGCGUGCUAUGCCAGCUGCAGCAUUGCGGGGCAGCGCAUGUUGACGAGGCGGUACGUAGUGCCUGCUCCGCUUUCGCAGCGUGGAGUAAGAUGGCAGGCAUGGAGCGAGCCAGGAUAAUGCUCGAGGCAGCACGUCUCAUUGAGAAAAGAAGAGAGGAGAUUGCUGAGGUGGAGGUGAUCAACAACGGCAAGUCUAUUACGGAGGCUCGGCUGGAUGUGGACUCAGCCAGGCUCUGCAUAGAGUAUUUUGCAGGACUGGCUACUACCCUGGCAGGGCAGCAUGUGCAGUUAUCAGGAGGAUCCUUUGCUUACACACGCAGGGAGCCCUUGGGGGUGUGCGUGGGAAUCGGAGCCUGGAACUACCCAUUUCAGAUCGCCGCCUGGAAGUCUGCACCGGCUAUCGCCUGCGGGAACUCAAUGGUGUUCAAGCCAUCCCCUGUGACCCCGGUGAGCGCAGUGCUUCUGGCUGAGACCUACAGGCAGGCAGGGGCCCCUGAGGGCCUGUUAAACCUGGUGCAGGGGGCUGAGGAGACUGGCACGUUGCUUUGUCACCACCCCUCAGUGGCCAAGGUGUCCUUCACGGGGAGUGUGCCCACAGGCAAGAAGAUAAUGGAGAUGGCGGCCAGGGGGGUGAAACCAGUGACGCUGGAGCUCGGUGGGAAAUCUCCUCUCAUCAUCUUUGAGGACUGCGAUCUGGAGAAUGCAGUUCGUGGAGCACUUAUGGCCAACUUCUUGUCUCAGGGACAGGUGUGCAGUAACGGAACCAGGGUGUUUGUCCACAGGCCGAUUCUUCCCCAGUUUCUAAAAAAGGUGGUGAGAAGAACCAGAGACAUCCGCAUCGGAGACCCUCUGUUGGACGACACCCGCAUGGGAGCCCUGGUCAGCCGGCUGCACCUGGACAAAGUCCUGGGCUACGUGGAGCAGGCCAAGAAAGAGGGGGCCAGGGUACUUUGCGGAGGGGAGCUGUUCACGCCAGCGGACUCCAUACUCAAACACGGAUAUUACAUGACUCCCUGCGUGCUUGACAACUGCAAAGAUGACAUGACAUGUGUCAGAGAGGAAAUCUUUGGGCCUGUGAUGUCUGUGCUGACUUUUGACACUGAAGAGGAGGUGCUUCAGAGGUCCAACGACACCACCUUUGGACUGGCUGCUGGAGUUUUCACCAAAGACAUUCAGAGAGCCCAUCGCAUUAUAGAGAACCUACAGGCAGGAUCCUGUUUCAUCAACAAUUACAACAUCACCCCUGUGGAGGUGCCAUUUGGAGGGUACAAAGCUUCAGGUAUAGGAAGAGAAAAUGGCCAGGUGACAAUUGAGUUCUACUCUCAGCUGAAGACUGUAGUGGUUGAGAUGGGAGAUGUGGACAGUCUCUUUUAAAUUUGUGGCAAAAAGACAUACACAACCAGCUUAAUUUUUUCUGAAUCAUCACUAGAGACCUACACAGAUAAAAGGAGUUUAACCCCUGCAUAGAAACAUCCAGCUUGGAGAUGUUUGCCAUCUUCUUUGAGGUUAACAGGCUUCGGCACAAAGCCUAUCCUGCGAACUCAGAAUUUGGUACAGUUGACCCUACAUGAACAAGAGAAUAUCAGUGCCUUAUUUUGAAAGGCCUUAAUUUUGACCCGAUUACAACACAAGAAAUACAAAAUGUCUCCAUGUAACUCAUUAGGUGGUGGUGGUGGUAGUAGUAGUAGUAGUAGUAGUAAUAAUAUUCACGUAUACACAAACAUCCAUGUUUUGGUCAACAUAUGGAAUAAAUACUUUUUUUUUUCUUGAAUAAUUAUACUUAAUCAAGUAAAUCACCACCAAAAAAUAAAUGGAAAAAACCUCA